AUGAUCAACCUGAUGGUGAAUGGCAAGCCGCGUCCCAUCGACGCCACCCAGGACCUCGAGUCCUACCUCACCUCCUUCGGCCUCGACCUGAAGCACGUGGCCGUAGGCUACAACGGCGAGGUCCUGAAACGAGAGCAGUACCCCGAGGUAACGCUGCAGGACGGCGACAUCCUCGAGAUCGUACGACCGGUCGGCGGCGGCUGA